AUGAAUGCUGUAGAGGAGCAGCAGCCGCCUCAGGUCAGCAGCAUGUCCAAGACGCUAGAUGGUGUUACCAAGCCCAGUCUGGGGAAAGAGCCCAUUCUAGGGAGCGAGCUCUGGACGGAUGGGCUCAUCUGUGCUUUUGAGCUGGUCAAGAGUCAUAAGAAGCCUGUUCAGCACAAAUCAUGGCCAGCAAUUGAGCAGAUGCAGGAGAAAGGCCCCACUAUGUACACGAGGAAGCACUCAAGAAGGAAUGGGCACCAGAUCACUGUGCCGAAAGUGGAUGAGAGCAUUGUGUUGGAAAACCCCCAUCAGACGGAUUUCAGUAAUGAUCCUUCAGUGCCCAAAGAUAGGCCACUGUAUUCUGGGGAGAUUUUGGAUCAUAAAUGGGUGCCCAUUGGAUGGAGUAGGAUCGCUGAGCUGGUCCUCAGGGUUCAAUCAGACUCCAGCUGGGAGAAUGAGGUGAUGGAGAUGAGUGAUAGUGAGGAUGAUUACACUGUGGCUGAUCUGGCAGCUCCAUACUGGCAGCAUCCUGUGGGCCCUACUUGGUGGUGUCAUGUGACCGCAGGCCAUCCUUCAAUCGAUGCAUGGUUGAAUAGCGCUCACUGGAUGCAUCCUGCCAUCAGAACUGCACUGAGAGAUGAGAGCAAACUGAUAAGCGACCGGAUGAAGUACCUUCUCUACGAGGUCCCAGUUAGAGUUGCAGGAGGACUGUUAUUUGAGCUUCUUGGUCAGUCAAUCGGAGAUCCAAAUCAUGAAGAGGAAGAUAUACCUAUUGUGCUUAGGUCUUGGCAAGCACAAAAUUUUCUUGUUACAACAAUGCAUGUUAAAGGCCCUUCAUCCAAUAUAAAUGUGUUAGGAGUGACUGAAGUGCAGGAGUUGCUUCUUGCUGGUGGAAGCCAAACACCUAGAUCAGUGCAUGAAGUAAUUGCACAUUUGGUCAGCCGUCUUUCACGUUGGGAUGACAGAUUAUUCCGGAAAUAUGUAUUUGGGGAAGCAGACGAAAUUGAAUUGAAAUUUGUGAAUAGGAGAAAUCGUGAAGAUCUUAAUCUUGUCAGCAUCAUACUAAAUCAGGAAAUCAGAAGGUUAGCAACACAGGUAAUCAGGGUUAAAUGGUCACUUCAUGCAAGGGAAGAGAUAUUACUUGAGCUUCUCAGACAUUUGAGGGGUAAUGCCACAAGAGCUAUUUUAGAGAGCAUUAGAAAGUGUACAAGGGACAUGUUGGAAGAGCAGGAAGCUGUGCGUGGGCGCUUGUUCACUAUUCAGGAUGUUAUGCAGAGCACUGUUCGUGCGUGGUUACAGGAUAGAAGCCUCCGAGUUACACAUAAUUUGGCAAUAUUUGGUGGUUGUGGCAUGGUUUUAUCCAUAAUCACUGGCCUUUUUGGAAUCAACGUUGAUGGCAUACCUGGAGCGCAGAAUACUCCCUAUGCUUUUGGUUUGUUUGCGGGACUUCUCUUCUUUAUUGGUAUCGUCCUAAUCGGCGUGGGGAUGCUGUAUCUUGGGUUACAAAAUCCAGUUAACAGUGAGAAGAUGAAGGUGAGGAAGCUGGAGCUCCAGCAGCUGGUUUCGAUGUUCCAGCAUGAAGCAGAGCAGCACGGCAAGGUCAGGGAAGGCCUUAGCCGGCAUGGCUCCCCACCGAGCUCAUCUGCGGCCUCUGAUGAAGGGUACAUUCUUAUUUCCUGA